AUGGCCUCUAAUGGUGAUGGCACCAAUGGUGCCACGAACGGUGAUAGCAAAUACGCUACACAGUCAAAGCCCCCUCCGCCCGUCGCAAAACCUACGAGAGCGGCAGUGGAUAGUACCUUUGAACAAUUCUCAAACUUAUUACAUGCUUCUAACCGCCCCCUACCAAACAGAUUCGGGGACGGAAAGGAUCAGAGGCCCCCAGAGCUUAAACCAACUGGAGUAUUGACCGACAUUAACACAUUGAGACGUGGGGGGUUCUUUUGGGAGAGUGUGGGAACGCUAUGGGAUUUCCUCAAGCAGAAGGCAAAGGGUGGAGCGGUAGACGACAAGACUAUGAUUAUGGAACGUGUCAUACAACUUACUUCACGACUCCCGCCAACAAGCAAAGCUCGCGUUGCCUUGACCACACUCCAGGUAGAUCAACUUUGGGACUCGCUCCAACACCCUCCGUUAUCUUAUCUCGGUGAUGAGUUCUCUUAUCGCCAGGCAGAUGGUGGAUACAACAACAUAAUGUACCCUCAACUGGGUCGUGCGGGCUCCGCAUAUGCGAGAUCUGUGAAGCCAAUGACAAAGAUGCCCGGAGCACCACCAGAUGCAUACACGCUUUUCGACAGGAUCUUCUCUCGAGGACCUAACGAUGAGCACUUCCGUGAACACGAUAACAACGUCAGUAGUAUGUUGUUUUAUACCGCGACUAUUAUUAUUCAUGACUUGUUCCGAACCAACCGGGAGAAUCAAAAUAUCUCGGAUACAUCAUCAUACCUGGACCUGGCGCCGCUCUAUGGAAGCAGUGUAGAGGACCAGUCCAAGAUCAGGACAUUCCAGGACGGAAAGAUCAAGCCGGACAGUUACAGUGAAAAGAGGUUGCUGGCUUUCCCCCCGGGUGUUUCGGUAUUGCUCAUCAUGUUUGGGCGGUUCCAUAACUACGUUGUUGAGAAUCUCAAGGCCAUUAAUGAGGGUGGACGAUUUAACCUAAAGUUCCCCAGAUACCCUAAUGGGGAUGAUGAGGUUACCAGGCAGGCAAAGGCCCUGAGGCAGCAGGACGAAGACUUGUUCCAGACUGGUAGAUUGGUCACCUGUGGUCUAUACAUCAACUUUAUCCUCAACGACUACCUGAGGACUAUUGUCAACUUGAACCGAGUAGACACCACCUGGACACUUGAUCCGCGAUUUGAGGCUAGCAAGGUUUACAAUCCCGAUGGAACUCCUGCUGGUAUUGGUAACAUGGUCUCUGCCGAGUUCAACUUGAUCUACAGAUGGCACUCUUGCAUUUCCAAGCGUGACGAUCAAUGGACAAAGGAUUUCUACCAGGGUCUGUUCCCCGGGAGGGAUGCCAGUGACAUUGAAAUGCCCGAGUUCACUAGAGGUGUCGGUAGGUGGGAGAGGAGCCUCAGCGACGACCCCAUCCAGCGGAACAUCGCCGGUUUAGAGCGCAAAGCCGACGGCAGUUAUCAUGACGACGACCUAGUGAAGAUCCUCACAGAGAGCGUCGAAGAUGUUGCAGGUGCCUUUGGUGCGCGCAAUGUUCCCCAUGUCCUCCGCCUUGUUGAGGUAUUGGGUAUUGAGCAAUCCCGCAAGUGGAUGGUCGGCUCCUUGAACGAACUCCGCGAGUUCUUCGGACUUAAACCACACGCAACCUUCGAGGAUAUCAAUCCCGACCCGGCCGUGGCCAACACACUCAGGCAGCUUUACGAUCACCCGGACUUCGUUGAGAUGUAUGCUGGUCUCGUGGCCGAAGCCGACAAGAAGCCGAUGGUUCCGGGUGUCGGUAUCGGACCCACAUACACCAUCUCCCGUGCCAUUCUCAGUGACGCUGUUACUCUAGUUCGCGGUGACAGGUUCUACACUGCCGAUUACACUGCCUCCCACUUGACCAACUGGGGUCUUCAGGAGGCAUCUUCUGAUCUGGCUACCGUCUAUGGAUGCGUGGGAUAUAAGCUGAUUCUCAAGGCUUUCCCGAACCACUUCAAGUUCAACUCCAUCUACGCACACUACCCACUCACCAUCCCGCAAGAGAACCACAAGAUCCACACUGCUCUAAACUCGGUUGAUCAAUUCGAUUUCGAGAGACCGGUCUACACUCCUCCCCGCAUUCCCAUCUCAUCCUACAACGCCACGAAACAGAUUCUGUGCGAUGCUGAAAACUUCAAGGUCACCUGGGGUGCUGGGUUCGACUUUAUCAUGAGGGCGGAUUUCAUGUUGAGCGGUGAUAAGCCGUCCAAUUCCGAACAGAAACAGUUUGUCCGCGACCGGUUGUACCUUGGGGGUGUAGAUUGGAAGCAACAGAUUAGGCAAUUCUACGAGGAGGCUACGGAGAAGUUGAUCCGGAAGAAGGCAUACAGCCUCGGUGAUACUUACCAAGUCGAUGCAGUUAGAGACAUCGGAAAUAUCGCCCAGACAAUCUUUGCAGCGUCAAUCUUUAAUCUACCGAUGAAGAGCGAGGAUCACCCAAAGGGAAUCUACACGGAACAAGAGCUCUACAUGAUCCUGUGCGUCAUGUUCAUAGUCAUCUUCUUUGACAUUGACUCCAGCAAGUCAUUCCCGCUACGCCAGGCGGGAUUCAAGGUAGUCCGCCAAUACGGCACUCUCGUGGAAGCCCAGGUCAAAGCCAUCAAGAACUGGUCAUGGCUCCAAGGGGUCUGGGAUCCACUCAAUAUUCGCGGGCGCAACAAGUCCUCCCCGCUCAAAUCUUAUGGCUGGACGAUGAUCAAGCGUCUCCUCGACACCGGAAAAUCUCCAUACGACGUGACCUGGUCGUACAUUGUUCCCACAGCAGGGGCAUCGGCACCAAACCAGGGCCAGAUAUUCGCCCAGGUCCUGGACUUCUACCUAGAAGACAGGAAUUCUCAUCACCUCGCCGAGAUCCAACGACUGGCGCAAUCGGGCGCGGUGGACGCCUGGGAAACUAUCAAGAAGUAUGCUCUCGAAGGCGGCCGUCUCGCCGGCACUUUUGGCCUCUACCGCCGCGUCGAGCCGGAUAACAUCACGAUCGAAGACAACGGACGCAACAUCGAACUCCGAAAGGGCGACAUGGUAUUCGUAAAUUUCAUCACCGCCUCCCGCGAUCCCGUGGUCUUCCCCGACCCGCUCGAAAUCAAACUUGACCGACCUGAGGCUAGUUACAUGCAAUACGGCGACGGCCCGCACGAAUGCCUUGGAAAGGCGGCGAAUAUCAUUGGCCUCACUACCAUGCUUAUGCAAUUUGGUAAGCUCAAGGGGUUGAGGAGAGCGCCCGGACCACAAGGAGCGCUCAAGUAUAUUCCUAAGCCGGGUGGCUUCAAGGUUUACAUGAAGGAGGACUGGAGCGCAUACUGGCCCUUCCCGACGAGUAUGAAGGUUAGGUUUGACGAUAUUAUUUAG